GGGCGCGUGGUGGGGGGGGGGGCUGCGUGGGAGAGGGGAGUGGAGGCGUGCGCAGUUGUUCUCUCGCUCGGACAAUUCGUCAACUCUCAACCGGGGUUCCUGCCAGUGAGGGGAUACGAGCGACGGGGAUACGAGUCAAGGUGACACGAGGAAAGGGGAUAUGAGUCGAGGGAAUACGAGGCAAUAGGACACGAGGCGAGGGGACACGCAGUGACGUGUGUACCCCCUGACUUCCACACCCCCGUCUCUCCUCGGAGCCCCCGAUCGGCUCCCGUUUGGCACCAGGAUCUCGGGGCUCCAAUGCUGCUCCCCGGACCCGGCUCAUCGUCACCAUCAGCUCGGCUUCUGUCGUAAAACAACAGCAGCAGCAGCAACAACAACAGCAGCAGCAGCAGCUGUUGUGAUUACACCGAACCGGACGGACAGGGAAGGGCAUCGGGAGGCCGCGACCAUGGUGAAGUGCCUGGUGAAAAUCCGGACCAAGGUCAAUGUCCAUCUGCGCAUGGUCAACCACUGUUACCGGGACGUCCGGGUUCGAGUCCUGAGCCUGGGACCCCGCAUCCUGCGCCGUGCCAUAGGUGGCAUGCCCUUCCUGCCGGCGCUGAUGUACGGUCCCCCCAGUGACAAUCCGGGCGCAGCCCUCAAUCCGAACAGCCCCGUAGCCGGCACCGGCAGCGGCGCCUCCAGAUUCCGGGAGACUCCAAGGGUUCACGAGGUUCCCGUCGAAUUUGACGACGACGACGACGACGACGCCGACGACUGCGGCGGCUACGGUGGCUACGGUGGCGUGGAUCGCGCUGGUGUUGGGGAAGACGAGGACGUGGUGUUGUUUGCGAGGAGAGGGGAUCCCACGGCGCGUGAUGAAGCUGGGUUGACCGGGAGGGGUGUCGCAGGCGAGGGAGUUCUGCGCGCAUCUGUGCGCAGGUGUUCAGAGAGGAGCCCUCGCGGGAGUGAGGACGGUGAGGCGGUGGUGGUGGCUGGGCCAUCGCGACACACGGCCGGGCCACCUCGCAUGUCCGGCUCAAACGCGAGAGCCGACGGCGGCGAGGACCUACUCCGACCCCUGCCGCCCUUCCCCACAAAGACCCCUGGACGCGCCCCCGGUCUGCACGGCGAGCCCAGCAGCAGCAGCGGCGGCGGCGGCGGCGGCACCAAGCGCAGCUCGUUAGCCCACCACUCGCGGGACGCGGCGCCUCUCAUCACGAACGGUGGCUCCGACGGUGGGGCGCUCAUCGUCGCCUCCAUCGCCCCGUGCGCGCCACGUCUUGGGGGUGGCGAUGCAACCGAGGGUGGAGUCGAGGGUGGAGGGCAACGCGAAUUGGAAGGCGCAGCGGAGGACGAGUGCGCGCGUCGCCGCGAUGUGGAUGAGCGGGGACGAGCGCGGGUGUCGUGGGCGCGAGCCGCGCGCUCCGCGCUGGGGAUGCUCGCCGCCGCGUCUCUGCUCGCCGCCGCCAACCUCCUGCUCCUCGUGCUCCUGCUGGAGUCUCCCGCCGAGCUGGAGUCGCUCCGCUGGAUGCGGGAGUCGCCCUUCUUCCUGCACUUCCACUACGGCUACUACUGCCCCGCGCGCCGCUGGCUCGCCUGCUCGCUCAUGAGGGCGAUGGGGGACACGUGACGGCUCCGUGACUCCGCGCUCGCCCGCCCGCUCGCUCGCUCGCUCCUCUCUCUCGCACACACGCACACAGACGCACACACGCACACAUGCACAGACGCACACGCACACACGCACACACGCACACGCACACACGC